UCUACAGAGUCCCAGGUGCCUCAAGCUACACUAGAGGAACACGAAGAGAUCUCCAACGACGAAGAAUCUGCUUUCCAGAUCCUCGACUCUCUAGAAGACACUGAAGACAACAUGGCCGACUCCUCUCUCGCAGGCCAAGGAGGCCGAAGAGAUUCUCUACCCAGAGAGAUGGAGGAGUUCCAGAUACUAGAUUCAGUCGACGAUCAGACGGAAACGACCCAAGUUCUGGACAACCAUACGACUGACCCUAAAUGUCAGGGGGGCUCCAAGCCUCUAAAGGGGGGGUAAGAAGACACCCCAAAAGAAGGGGAAGAAGGAGAUUAAGAAGGUAUUCAAAACUCAACAGGUGACCAAGACCCCAACAGGAGAGUCCGAGGGGGGUACCCCGAAAAAGAGUAACCUUGUCACCUUGGAUGAGGUCAGCGAGGAGGAGGAGGAUUACCCAGAUGACGCCGCCGAAGAGGAAGAACUUAUUAAGAAACAAAAACUGGUGAAGGAGAAGCAGCGAGAGAAGGACAGAGGGAAGGAGAGAGAGAAAGGGCGGAGGAGGAGUAGAGAGAAGGAACGGACGAGGGAGGAGAGGGUCGGAGUGGAUACUGAGGGCUUGGUGACUUUGGAUGAGAUCGGAGAGGAUGAAGGAGCAGAGGGGCCUUGCCUGGAGCCACACCCCUUCAGCCAGGAGGACGAAUCAGGAGACACCUUCAACCCAGAGACUCUGGUAACCCUGGAUGAGGCUGGAGGUGAUGGGGAGGAUGAUGAGGAGGAAGAGCAGAACAAGAGUCCUGAACCAGCGCAGAACCAGCAAGCUGAUCACACAGCUGAUGCUACAGGGUCUCCUGGUGCAGAGGACGACGGCAGGGGCAUGGAGGAAAUCAGGAGAAUGGACUUUGUGACCGUGGAUGAAGUGGGAGAGGAGGAGGAGGAGGAGGCUGUUACCACAAGGAGAGGAGCCAGGGGGAGGAAGAGGGCCCGACAGACCUCUGCCAGGAAACCAGUGAAGGUGAAGAAGGUGAGAGUUAAAGAAGAGGAAGAGGAGGAGCCUCGGACAGAUACGACUCCUCCCACUGACACAGCUUCUGUUGACGCUCCCUCCUCAUUGCUCCAAGUCGCUGUGACCUCAGAGGUGGACGCCCAACCAGCUGCCUCGGUCCCAGACCUCCAGGAGAAAGAGAGGAAGGCUGAUACCCCGGCAGACCAACCCAGCCUGGAGGCCUCCUCAGCAGGGCAGGAGAGGCAGACGAACCCCCCUGAGAACCAGAGUCUGGAGGGGAAACAGGAGACAACAGAUAUCAGUGUUGGAAAAGCUUGGACUGACUUCACGACACCACAAGAAGACAGUGAACAGAGAAGAGAGGAGGAAGAGCAGCCUGAAUUAAAACGUUGUCGUUCUGAGUCUCCUCUGAUCACAGACUUCAAACUGCCUCCCUUCAGCCCUCACAACCCUAUAGGCCAGGACUUUGUGGUUCCUAAGACAGGGUUCUUCUGUAGGUUGUGUUCUCUGUUCUACGGGAACGAACACACAGCCAAGAAGACCCACUGCAGCAGUCUGCAACACUAUCAGAACAUGCAGAAAUAUUACCUGAAGCGUCAGAAGCAACAAGCAGGAAGUUCUAGCCUCGGCUCCGUCUCCAAAUGACCCCCUUGACCCUGGAUGUUUCCCAAAUGGCACCCUAUACCCUAUAUAGUGCACUACUUUAGACCAGAGCCCUAUACCCUAUAUAGUGCACUACUUUAGACCAGAGCCCUAUACCCUAUAUAGUGCACUACUUUAGACCAGA